AUGUCCUCAAUAGGCCCCGCAAUCCCUCCGCACCUUCUCGGCCAAAGUGAGCGCGCCGACGAAGAUGAUGAAGAACGUCCUGGCCCUUCGGUCGUGGGUCCUCAACUACCUUCAGAACUGGUGAAUCGACAGCAACAAGGUGAUGAUGACGAUGAAGAUGAUUAUGUACCUGCUUUGCCACCAGAGCUCCUCGCUGCACGUCAAGUAGGUCCGCCAAAACGAGUCCAAGGCCCAGCUUUACCGACCUACGAUGACGAGUCGGAUGAUGAUAUAGGUCCGAAACCUCUAUCUGCAGGGCGAACCGGCACUUACGACACAGACGGUGUCAAGCAAUUCAUGGAACAAGAAGAAAAACGAAGGAAGAAGAUUGAGGAAGCAUCUCGGCCUAAAGCACCCAAAAGAGACGAAUGGAUGUUAGUGCCCCCUUCGUCCUCUGAUUUACUUGGGACUUUGGACCCUACAAAACUCAACAGACCUCGACAAUUCGCUAGGUCCGCCGCGCCAGCGAAGGAGACGGAAAAUAAUCUAUGGACAGAGACACCUGCUGAGAGGCAGCAACGACUCGCCGAUGAGGUGUCUGGAAAACGACGGCGUGCUGUGAACACUGAUAACAGUUUGAGCGCUGAAGAGGCAUUAGAAGCGAGGAAGAGGCAGAAAAUGGAUGAGAGCAUCCGGAAGGGUGUGGACGAGCACACUCGCAAAGUUCGAGGCUCGGCAUUGGUCGACUCUCACGCAAAGUCAGUGGGAAAGAAAGAUGACGAAGAGGAUCCAUCUAAGGCUAUUUGGGACCACACCCGAGAUAUGUCCGUUGGCGGCCGGUUGUUGGACGACAGUACACGACAGAAGAUGCUACGAGACGCAAAGGGCCUCAGCGACCGGUUCGGCGCCGGGAAAGGUGGUAGUUUCUUGUAA